GCGGUUACUGACGUCAUAGGAAAGCGCCCGUUGUCCGAAAAACUGUGGCGGCUGCACGUGGGCUCGGGUUUGGAAACUUUCUGGCUGUGCCAUGGAUACACCGCUAAGGCGCAGCCGACGGCUGGAAGGCCUAGAGCCCGAAUCCCGCGAGAGCCUCGCCGCAGUUUCGCGGGCAAGACGGACCCUUGUGGAGUUUGAGUCAAACCCAGAAGAAACACGGGAACCCGGGUCAUCUCAAAGUGUGCUGCAAGCUGGCCCGGAGUCCCUCCAACGUCUGCCAGAGACAAGUCCAGGAUCCGGUAGUCUGCAGCAGGGGGCAGACUUGGGGUCCCCCCAGAGGGAGCCAGAGCCGGGCCCAAGGUCCCCCCAGAGUCAGCAAGAUCUAAGCCUGUUGUCGCCUCAAAGACCGCCGGAGUCGAGUCCUGAAUCCCCCCGACGUUGGCCAAAUCCAAGUGAGAAGUCACCAAAGUUCUCUCAGGAUUUGAGAGAACUGGCCUCGGAGUUGCCCUGGAGUAAAGAGGAGUGUACCCCAGAGGCCCCCCUAAAUCAGCUGCAGCCGGGCCCAAGAUCACCAGAGCCUUCCCCCGGUCAGCAACCGCCGGGUCCGGAGCCCUCACGGCCACUGCAAGAGCUGACACCGGAGGCACCAGGCUCGUCCGGACCCCGGGGGGAGCCCAGCAAGCCCCCUCUGGCCGGGGAGACGGUGACAGGAGUCCUCCAAGAGAAGAAGCGAAAAAGCUUUUCAGGCCAGGCGUACAAGAAGUUGAAGGAGGAGGAGGAGGAACUUGCUGUAAUCCCAAAGGGGAAGCCCAAAUCGGGGCGGAUAUGGAAGGACCGGUCCAAGAAAAGAUUUUCCCAGAUGGUUCAGGACAAGCCCCGGCACACAUCCUGGCAGCAGAAGAUGAAGGAACGGCAGGAGAAGAAGCUGGCCAAGGACUUUGCCCGGCACUUGGAGGAGGAGAAGCAGAGGCGCCGGCAGGAGAAAAAACAGCGCCGAGCUGAGAACCUGAAACGCCGCCUGGAGAAUGAGCGGAAGGCAGAGAUUGUCCAAGUGAUCCGAAACCCUGCUAAACUCAAGCGAGCAAAGAAGAAGCAGCUGCGCUCCAUCGAGAAGCGGGACACUCUGGCCCUGCUGCAGAAGCAGCUGCCCCAGCAGCCAGCAGCCAAGAUCUGAGCUCAGGACAGCCCGGAGGCCUUCGGGAAGGCUUCCAUGUCAGACAUGGCACUCUCAGCCCACUGGUCAGACACCUCUGGUGGACCUGGCUCUCUAACUCUGUGACUCUAAAACAGGGACACCACCCCAGCUUGGGGCUCCUAGGUCUUUGGAGGCUUGUAGAUAGGUCUCUGGGACAGAGACCCAAAGGGAACCUUGACCCCUGGCAGAGGUGGGGGAAGGUAGAUGCUCAGCCCCUCUCCCUCUUUCCCCUUCCUCUGAGUGCCUUCAGACAAAACAGCAAAUUCUCUGGAUCCUCACUGAGCUGGUGAUAGAGGCCAGCAGUCAGGAUUCCAGCUCCCUGCACACUUUCUAAAGGGGCACCUCUGAGCCCCACUGAUCCUGUCACCUAGCAAACUAAAUCCAGCUCCUCCCCAAUUCCACACUGAAGGAUUAAAUUGGGAGGUUGACAGGAGUUGGGUUUCUCUCUAGCACCCCCUUUCCCAAACUAGGAUUCUGCAAAAGCCCAAAAGAUCUAAUUCAUGCCAAUCCAGUCUCCAGUGAAAAUAUUUAUUGAAUCCUUGUUGUAUACAGGCACAAUUACAGGUACCAGGGAAUACAGACAAAAGUCCCUGCCCUGGCGGGCUUUUAUUCUGACAGAACAUAAUAAGUAAAAUACACUGUGCGGCACCUGGGGAAAGUAUGUGAAUAGAGCAGGGAACAUGGGGGAGGUGUCAAGAUGGGGUGGCUAUUCACCCAGCUGUGCAUCUCGCUGUUCAGUUUUGCUGAACACCUGCUGCAGGUUGGACCCUACCUUACACUGGAAAUAAAUGGUGAGCUGGCCAGUCCAGUCUUCAGUGGCAUCAGAGGCACUGGGCCAAGAUCCCAAGAGAGUGUCUCAUCUUGGCUCUUCACUAACAUUUUAGCCACCAAGCAAAUGUGGCGAUCCCUGGGAUGUAGAAGUAAACAACAGCAGUCUGCCUCCCAAGUCCAUGGUGGAUAGAGAAAAUAGACAUGGUGGCGUGGAAGUGUUAGGACAGAGAUACAAGUCACCUCUCAUCCGCAAAUGGGAAGUGGUAGCAGUCAGGAGGUGGGUGCUGCAAAGAUCCUGGGAUUGCUGGUUUUCAGAGGGUCUCACAGACCCCCCAGGCCUGCUUCCAUGGACAUUCCUAUUCUAAAGACUGAGAAGACCUUUAGCAGUGAUGUUUAUUAGACUCUGACUGGCCCGGGUUUCCCCAACACUUGACUAUGACACCUGCUUUUUCCAUCUUACACACACUUUGGGUAAUGCUGGGUCCCAAGGGUCCAAGGCAGCUACUAUCUGAAGUACCUUGGGUUGGUCAGAGAAUGUUCUUUCACCUACUAGACAGUAAUUGAACAUAUGAUGCUUAACACAGAACCUGAUGCAACUGGCCCUGAAGAUUUAGGCAAGUUACUUAACCUCCCUGAGCCUGAGUUUGCUCAUCUGUAAAGACUGGCUAAUAGAGGCCGCUCCUUAAGGACAUGGGAUAAAGCAUCUAGUUCCAUAAACUCCCAACUAAAUGGCUAAAGGAGAGGCUCUACGCCCUUAGCACAGUGGUUACUGCACCAGCCACAUACACCAAGGCUGGCAGGUUCAAGCCUGGCCCGGGUCAGCUAACCAACAAUGACAACUGCAACAAAAAAAAUGGCCGGGCAUUGUGUUGUGGUAGGCGCCUGUCGUCCCAGCCACUUGGGAGAUUGAGGCAAGAGAAUCGCUUGAGCCCAAGAGUUGGAGGUUGCUGUGAGCUGUGAUGACACAGCACUCUACUGAGGGCGACAUAGUGAGACUCUGUCUCAAAAAAAAUAAAAAUGGCUAAAGGAGAGAGCUUACACUGGAACAGUACAUCUCCAACCUUUCCUCUUUCACUUCCACUCCAAAAAAACAUCACUGGUUUAAUGUAAAAAUCUCUCCCCUAACCCCAUCUGCAAAAUU